GCGCGCAGGCCCCGCCCCCUCCCGUCGUGCCCCGCGCUGCCCGCGCCGGCGGCGGCCGCGGCCCCAGCAUGGGGCUGAAGCCCUGGCAGAAGGCUCUGUUCCCCCUGCGCUCCGUGGCCGCCGUGGUGCGGCUCUUCGAGGCCGAGCUGCGGCAGCCCGAGCCCGACCUGGUGCUGCUCUCCUUGGUUCUGGGCUUCGUGGAACAUUUCCUGGCCGUCAACCGAGUGCUCCCCACCAACGUGCCCGGGCUCACCUUCGAGUCCCGGCCGGGGCCGGACCCCCAGACCCGGCUGUACUUCCCGGUGGCCGAGCUGUCCAUCGUGGCCGCGCUCUACGCCCGGUUCACGGCGCAGAUCCGGGGCGCCGUGGACCUGUCGCUGUACCCCCGGCCCGACGGCUGCUCCUCCAGGGAGCUGGUGAGGAAAGUGUCUGAUGUCAUCUGGAACAGCCUCAGCCGCUCCUACUUCAAGGACAGGGCUCACAUCCAGUCCCUCUUCAGCUUCAUCACGGGUACCAAGCUGGACAGCUCAGGUGUGGCCUUCGCCGUGGUCGGGGGCGCCAGGUGCUGGGGGCUGCCCGACGUGCACCUGGCCCUGAGCGAGGACCACGCCUGGGUGGCCUUUGGGGCCGGGGGGUCCCAGACCGCCGAGGUCACCUGGCAUGGCAAGGGCAACGAGGACAGGAGGGGAACCGUGCAGGCCGGGGUGGCCGAGAGGAGCUGGCUGUACCUGAAGGGCUCCUACCUGCGCUGCACGCGGCACAUGGAGGUGGCGUUCAUGGUGUGCGCCAUCAACCCCUCCAUCGACGGCCACACCGACAGCCUGGAGCUGCUGCAGCUGCAGCAGCGCCUGCUGUGGCUGCUCUAUGACAUGGGCCACCUGGACAGGUACCCCAUGGCCCUGGGGAACCUGGCUGACCUGGAGGAGCUGGAGCCCACCCCUGGCAGACCCGACCCCCUCACCCUGUACCACCAGGGCAUCCAUUCUGCCCGCACCUACUACAACAACGAGCACAUCUACCCCUACCUGUACCUGGCCGGGUUCCACUGCCGCAACAAGAACGUCAAGGAGGCCCUGGAGGCCUGGGCUGACACGGCCACCGUCAUCCAGGACUACAAUUACUGCCGUGAGGAUGAGGAGAUCUACAAGGAAUUCUUUGACGUGGCCAAUGACGUCAUCCCCAACCUGCUCAAGGAGGCGGCGGCCGAGCCCCCCCCGGGGGCUGAGGUGGGACCUGGAGCUGGGCACCCCCAAAUCUGGGGGCUCCUGGGUGGGGGGGGAGCCCAGCCCGGGUGGGUUUGUGUGUGGGUCCUACCCUGGGGAGGGGGGGGAAUUUUGGCUCUGGAUUUGGGGGUCUCCACUGGCAGACCCCUCCCCAUAUCCCACUGUGAUGGGGUGGGG